CUGCUGGGGUGGGUGUCCCUCUUGAAGCCCACCAUGCCUUGACACUGAGUGAGAGUGAGAUGCUGGGCCAUGACUGCAGUGUCGUUCCCACCUCCACAUGCUGUUUCUCCACAGCCGUUGCCAUAACCGAGCAGCCGGUCUCUGUCUCUGUCCCGGUCGGAUAUUCCUUCACACUGCGGUGCCGAGCCCAGGGACGCACCUCACUGCAGUACCAGUGGUUUUGUCAGGACCAGUCUGACUGCCGCCUGAUUCCUGGAGCAACCAACCAAGACUUGCCCAUCAUUGCAGAGCAGACCCAGCUCUACACCUGCAGAGUCAAUGACCUCCAAAGAAAUGUUGUCUUCUCUGACUGGGUGAAGGUAGAGGUCCAUCCGUAUGUCGCCAGAGGUCUGCCUCCUCGGCUGUGGCAAGGAGAACCAGUCAUUGUCCUCAACCCCAGCGAGCAAUGGGUGGAGGUAGGGCAGCCACUGCAGCUGCAGUGUGCUGCCAUAGGGGUCCCAGCCCCCAGCUACCAGUGGUACUGCAAUGGGAACCUGCUGGAGCAGCAGAAGAGAAAAAAACUCCGGAUCACCCACACCAAGGUCAGUGACUCCGGCACGUACCUCUGCUGUGCCUCCAACAGUCAUGGAGAGCAUUGGACCAACGCCGUGGACGUUCACAUCGGUACUUGUGGCCCUGGAAAGUUUUUUGCUACAGACAAAAUAGCACUUUUAGUGGGCAACAACUGCUACCAGCAUCACCCCAACCUCAUGGCUCCUGUGAGGGAUGUGUUUGAGCUGAGUCGUCUUCUGGAGCAUCUGGGCUUCCAGGUUGUCUCCCUGCUGGACCUGAACAAGGCUGAGAUGGCGACAGCAGUCAGUCGGUUCCUGCAGCUCCUGGGGAAGGGAGUCUAUGCUAUAUUCUACUAUGCUGGGCAUGGGUACGAACAUCUGGGGAGGAACUACAUGGUCCCUGUUGAUGCUCCACAACCCUAUGCCCCUGAGAACUGCAUCAGCGUGCAGAGGAUCCUCCAGAAGAUGCAGCAGCAGCGGACAGCCCUGAACAUCAUCCUGCUGGACACCUGCAGGAAGUGGUACAACCCAGGAUGUGCCUUGUCCCAGGUGCAGCCACUGGAGCCCUGGGGAAACACUGUCUAUGGCUAUUCCACGAGCGAAGAUGCAGAAGCCUAUGAAAUGCAGGAUGGGGAGUUCAGCUCUGGCAUCUUCAUGAAAUACCUGAAGAAACACAUUCUGCAAGAGAAGAAGGUUACACACAUGCUGGAGGAUGUGUUAGAAGACAUUGGCCGUGAUCCCCUGGUCGCUGGGAAACAGGUGAUGGAGAUCAAGCACACUCUAAAGGAAGCCCGGUCCCUGACGGACCCCAUCUGUCCCUCGAGAGCAGCCACUGAGCACUGGGGACACAGCCAAAAGCUGCCGAGCAAAACGAUGACCUUCCCAUGUGGGGUGCGGGUGGAGCUCCACUUCCUCCGACUCUUCUCCAACCUGAUGUUCGUGUGUGCCAAGCCACAGCUGCCCCUGGCCCACAUCACUGACCCCCAGCUCCUGCUCCGCCAGCUUGCCGAGACGGAUGAUGUGGCCAUCCAGAGGGAGAGCAGUCUGGACCACGUGGAGACUCUACUCGCCUUUGUGUACAAGCGGGAGGAGCUGGACUGUGUCUUCCAGCUCUGUGCACUGCAGAAAAUUCAGGUAACAGAUGUGGUCCUGCAGUUGGAUUUACAUUACAUCCAGCAAAGCACAAAACAGAAGACUUGUGAAAGCCUGCAAACAACCCUCCAGAAAUCCCUGCUAAGGCAGUUUUUCAGCCAGAGGAGUGACUCCCAGCCAGACUCCCAGCAGGCUCCUGCCCACACAGACAACGUGUGCCUGCAAGAUGCAUUGACACUGAGCACUGACCCAAAGGGCCAGGCAUCCCUGAGCUCUGGCCACAGCUUGCCCAGCAGCAGCCCCUCCAACUUCAGCAGCGAGCCCGAGGAGAAUGAUGAGAGCGACCUGGGCAAGCUCUGCUUGGCACUGCUUCAGGCUGGCCCAGGGCAGGACAGGCCCUGAGCCUCAGCCUUGGGAGCUGCUCUUUUAAUUGAGGCCUCAAUUUGAGUGCUAAAUCUGUCAGAAUUCAUCAUCUGCUUCCCAGUCUUGGCAUCACCCUGUCUGAAUGAGGCCAAGUCUGCUUUUUUUGAAAGGUUUCUCCUAUCUGCACCCUGUGGAGUGCAGGGCCUCAAUUCCCAGUAGGAAUAUUCCCUGUCCCAUGGAAACAUCAGGAUCAGCGGGGAGUCGUUGUGUUGUCUGGCAGAGGACACAGCCACCCAGUCAUAACAUUGCCAGGCAAAAAUCAGUGUUGCUGCUAGGCAAGGGCACAGGCUGAUGUUUUCUGCCUGAAAACAAAUGUUGCUGCAUUGAAUGUGAUGAGAAGCCCACAAACACUACAGACCCCUCUGACUCAAAUCCCAGCCAUGACUGCUGGAUCUCACCAAGCUGUGCAAGGGACACAGGGCUGCAUGUAGGGGACCAGGUGAAAUAGUGUAGGCUCUCCAUGGAGGCCCAGUGUGGUUUCCUUCCCAUGCCUGUGUCAAAGCAGGUGUUAAGUAAUGCAUUUUAUAUAUUUCUAAAGCAUGUAUUUAAAAUGGGGAGGGAGACAGUAGCUUGCCAGGAAAAGGAAUGUCAGAUGUUCCGUUCAGUGUGUGUUUACACUGGAGGCUGGUGUUGUAGCAUCCAGGCAGGUGCACUUCCUGCCUGGUACAGGGGCAUUGAAAGGUGUUCAGCCCUCUGCAGUUCCACGUUCUCAGGUGCAGAAUGUCCUACAGGAGAGAUAGAACGUACCAAGACUGAGAAAGAAUAACCUCAAAAAAGUUAUUACUAGUUCAAAUUGUUUUGUCUGAGUGCCUGUGUGUGCUGUGGGCAACGUCAAACACUACAUGGAGAGCCAGCUGUCCAGGGAGGGCCACAGGCGAACAGGGCCCUAAGGACAGCCUGGGUGGGCACAGGCCCCUCCCUAAUUGCUUCCCUAAUGUGUAUUUGAUAAAGGUGAUUGCUCAGUAACAGCCAGUGCCAUAGGGAAGUGUGGGGUCUACAUCCUUGGAGGACAGUUCACUUUGGACUGCAGAAGGUGCCAAUGACCUGAUUCAAGCUGGCUGAGGGCUGGACCAGAGACCACUGGAGAUCCCUUCUGGCUGCUGUGGUCCUGUGGAAUAGGCUGGAGGGCAGAACUUCUUGAGAGGUCAAGGGUAGCGGGGUGCAGAGAAUGCUUGAGCUCUGUCUUGUUUUAAAAGAGGGUUGGAGGCAGAAUUUUUUCAGUUUUGCUCUCCUUCAGCAGUGAAGAUACAUCCUUGUCUGUGGUGUCAGUUGCAGCAUAGAAAAAUCUGAAACGUUGCUUCCAGAUAAACCAUUCUACGAGUGCUGGAAACCUGUCCAAAGAGAACAGAGGAGGCUUUUAUUCUUCUCACAGUGAGUAGAGCCAAGGGAAAGAAGAGUGGCCCCAGCCGGCUGCAGACUAGAAAGUCUCCUAGAAGAAGAAUCUAAAGCUCAAAAAAAAAAAAAAAUUCAGAGGAUGUAGUUUAAAUAAGAUGGGCUGAUAGAGAAGCUAAAGCAGAAAAUUAUAAACUAAUUUCAGGAAGAACCAAAGAUCAACUCAGCACCAGCAGCCACUGAGGACAGAUCAGUGGGAAUGGCUUGGCAGGCAUUUGGGAGGAGCUGGGGCUCUUCCUGCCUCUGUGAGGAUUGUUCACACCCACCUGUGCUUUUGAGGCAUAGCUUGUUCCUGGCUCACAUUAUCAUGCCAAAUGUCAUCUAAUGUGAAUGUUUAUCUCAUUCAAAGCAAGCCUGUUUAUUUUUUUUUAAUAAAACACUAUUGGUGUUUUUCGUGUACAAAGCUUCACGUGGCUCUGAGUUAACUGUGUUUAUUUUCCCUCUAAUUGCCAGCAUGUAACUUAAUAUUGAUCUGCUUGGGUUUCAUGAUUCCAGUUUGAGCUUCUAGGCUCUUCUGGGUGAGCAUUGUUUCUUUUUUUAGGUAACUAACAAUACUGAAUUUUGGAUUUAGAAGGCGGAUCAAGUGACUAGAUAGAAUGAAGUUAUGUCAGGUGAAACACGUAGAUUAAAAGAAGUCCUCA